CGCGCCCGAAUUGCUUAUAGCAUCCAUUGCAAGAACCAGCACGCGACAGGCAGCCACUGUGGAGUCGCGCUGUACUCUACAACGGCGGGCUUAACCCUUGUUUUCACACAUUUUAAAGCGAUUUUAUCUCUUUUAUCUCACACGUUUUAGCUAGCUGUUUACCAUGCCAACCAGGACUUCCCUGUCUCUGCCAGAGGAUGUCAGGAAAAGGCUGCAGGUGCUGGAUGAGGAUGGGUCGUCAGACGAGGAUCAUGUGAAAGAGAAGCUCAAGUUGGUGCAGGACUUCCUGCACGAUGAUGCUCAGGACCAGCUGACCAGCCUGAAGGAAAAGAUGAAAAAUUCAGAGAUCUCAAUGGAGGUUUACAUCUCCAAAGUAAAGGCCUUGCUGGGAAAGGAGCUUCAUCUUGAAAAUGGCUCCCAUGCGGAUGGCGUGGAACAGAAUGGAAAGACAAACGGCUUCACAAACGGUUCCCACAAAGAGGAGAACAGCGAAGAUGCAACCAUGGACGUACAGGAGGAUGAGGAGGCUGUCAAGUCACCAACUGCUUCCAAAGGAAAGGGUGGCCGCAGGAGCAAGGCAAAUUCUGACUCCAAAAAGUCUCCAGCCAGUUCCAGGGUUACAAGAAACACUGGAAAACAGCCAACUAUCAUGUCAAUGUUCUCUAAAGUUCAGAAGCGCAAGUCUGAAGACUUGAAUGGAGAAGCUACGAAUGGACAAAAGGAGGUGAAGGAAGAGGAGGAUGAAGCUGAGGAGUCACGGGAGGAGAAGCGUCUGAAGGUGGACUCAGAGGAAAAUGCUGCUCCAGAAGAAUCGAAGACUGAGAUUAUUAAGCCAGUUUCUGCCCCAAAGACACCACCUCCCAAAUGUGCAGAUUGCAGACAAUACUUGGAUGACACUGAUCUCAAGUUCUUCCAAGGAGAUCCUGAUAAUGCGCUGGAUGAACCAGAAAUGUUAACAGAUGAGCGCCUCUCCCUGUUCGACUCAAAUGAGGAUGGAUUUGAGAGCUAUGAGGAUCUGCCGCAGCACAAGAUUACAAACUUCAGCGUUUAUGACAAGCGCGGCCACCUUUGUCCCUUUGACUCUGGACUGAUUGAGAAGAAUGUGGAGCUCUACUUCAGCUGUGUUGUCAAACCCAUCUAUGAUGACAAUCCAUGCUUGGAUGGUGGUGUUCCUGCCAAGAAGCUCGGACCCAUCAAUGCCUGGUGGAUCACUGGUUUUGAUGGUGGAGAAAAAGCUCUUAUUGGUUUCACUACAGCUUUCGCCGAUUACAUCCUGAUGCAGUCCAGUGAAGAGUACGCACCCAUUUUCGCUCUGAUGCAGGAGAAGAUUUAUAUGAGCAAGAUUGUGGUGGAAUUCCUCCAGAAGAAUCCGGACGCUUCUUAUGAGGACCUUCUCAACAAGAUUGAGACAACCGUUCCUCCUGCAGGGCUUAACUUUAACUGCUUCACUGAGGACACACUUCUGCGCCACGCCCAGUUCGUGGUGGAGCAGGUGGAGAGCUACGAUGAGGCCGGCGACUCCGAUGAGCAGCCAAUAAUUGUUACUCCCUGCAUGAGAGACCUGAUCAAGCUUGCAGGAGUCACUCUCGGGAAGAGGAGAGCUGCCAGAAGACAAGCCAUCCGUCACCCGACAAAGAUUGAGAAGGACAGCAAGGGACCGACUAAAGCCACCACUACAACGCUGGUUUAUCAGAUCUUUGAUACCUUCUUCUCUGAUCAGAUAGAGCAGAAUGAUAAGGAGAGUGGAGGAGUCAAGAGGCAGCGCUGUGGUGUCUGUGAGGUUUGUCAGUCUCCUGACUGUGGAAAGUGUACAGCUUGCAAGGACAUGAUUAAAUUUGGGGGAAGUGGCAAAAGCAAGCAGGCCUGUAAACAGAGAAGAUGCCCAAAUCUGGCAGUGAAGGAGGCUGAAGAUGAUGAGAAUGUUGAAGAGGAAGAUGGUCCAGUGGAGAAAGUCAAAAAGGUUCCUCAUGCUAAGAGGAAGAAGCAGACCCAGAGCAAACUGACGUGGAUCGGAGAGCCUAUUCAGACUGAGGGGAAGAAGCAGUACUACAAGAAGGUGUGUGUGAAUGAUGAAGAGCUGGAGGUGGGCGACUGUGUCUCGGUUUCAUCAGAGGAUCCAACUCAGCCUCUGUAUCUGGCAAGGAUCGCAUCACUGUGGGAGGACAACAAUGGAAAAAUGUUCCACGCCCACUGGUUCCUUCGUGGGACUCACACAGUGCUGGGAGAGUCCUCUGAUCCGCUGGAGCUCGUGAUUGUGGAUGAGUGUGAAGACAUGCUGCUCAAUUAUGUGAAAGGCAAAGUUAACGUCAUGUAUAAGGCCCCAUCUAACAACUGGUUCAUGGAGGGUGGCAUGGAUGUGGAUAUCAAAGUGAUCGAGGACGACGGGAAGAGUUUCUUCUAUCAGUUCUGGUACGACACAGAGUAUGCCCGCUUUGAGACGCCUCCCAAGACGGCUCCACAAGAGGACUGCAAAUUCAAGUUCUGCUCUAGCUGUGUCAGGACUAAAGGGAAAGAAGAACAGGCAAUGCCUCGUCCGUUUGAGCCCCUGGCGGACAAAGACAACGAUUCCAAGGCUCUGUAUGCUCUGGCCUGCUUUCAGGGGGAGCAGUUCAGGGUGGGAGACAGUGUCUACCUGCAUCCUGACACUUUCAGCUUUAGUGUGAAGCCAGCCAGUCCAGUAAAGCGCUCCCACAGGAAAGACGACGUGGAUGAGGACCUGUAUCCAGAAUAUUACAGGAAGUCCUCAGACUACAUCAAGGGGUCAAACCUGGACGCUCCAGAGCCCUUCCGCAUCGGGCGCAUCAAGGAGAUCUUUUGUCACAGGAGGAGCAACGGGAAAGCUGACAUGUCAGAGGUCAAACUACGACUCUACAAGUUGUACAGGCCUGAAAACACUCAUAAAGGUGUCAAAGCGAGUUACCACACAGACAUCAAUCAGCUUUACUGGAGCGAUGAAGAGGUGACCGUCAACAUGAGUGAGGUCCUCGGCCGCUGUCAGGUCGAAUACGCAGAAGAUCUGAAUGAAUCAGUCCAGGAAUAUUCCAGUGGUGGACCUGACCGCUUUUAUUUCCUGGAGGCCUAUAAUGCAAAAUCAAAAAGCUUUGAGGACCCUCCAAAUCAUGCUCGUUCUGCUAACCACAAAGGCAAAGGAAAGGGCAAAGGGAAAGGUAAAGGCAAAGGAAAGGCUUCAGCUGCACAGGAGCUGCAGGACUCCCAGAAUGAACCCCAGACACUAAAAGUGCCCAAAUAUCGCACACUGGAUGUGUUCUCUGGCUGCGGCGGACUUUCCGAAGGCUUCCACCAGGCUGGUAUAAGUGAGACUCUAUGGGCCAUAGAAAUGUGGGAGCCCGCAGCUCAGGCCUUCAGGCUCAACAACCCUGGCACCACAGUGUUCACGGAGGACUGCAACAUCCUGCUGAAGCUGGUCAUGUCUGGGGAGAAGACGAACUCCCUCGGUCAGAAGCUGCCUCAGAAGGGUGACGUGGAGAUGCUGUGUGGAGGACCUCCCUGCCAAGGCUUCAGCGGGAUGAACCGCUUCAACUCUCGCACUUAUUCUAAAUUCAAGAACUCCCUGGUGGUGUCUUAUCUCAGUUACUGUGAUUACUACAGACCCAAGUUCUUCCUGCUGGAAAAUGUGCGGAACUUCGUCUCAUUCAAAAGCUCCAUGGUCUUGAAGCUGACUCUACGCUGUCUUGUGCGCAUGGGCUACCAGUGUACUUUUGGCGUCCUUCAGGCCGGACAAUACGGCGUCGCCCAGACCCGCCGCAGGGCAAUCAUCCUGGCUGCUGCUCCUGGAGAGAAGCUGCCUCGUUAUCCUGAGCCUCUGCACGUGUUUGCUCCCAGAGCUUGCUCUCUGAGCGUGGUGGUGGAUGAGAAGAAAUACGUCAGUAAUGUCACACGAGGGAAUGGAGGAAUCUACAGAACCAUCACUGUCAGAGACACCAUGUCUGACCUGCCAGAGAUUCGCAACGGUGCAGCCGCGUUGGAGAUUUCCUACAACGGAGAGCCUCAGUCUUGGUUCCAGAGGCAGAUCAGAGGCACACAGUAUCAGCCCAUCCUCAGAGAUCACAUCUGCAAGGACAUGAGCGCUCUGGUUGAGGGUCGGAUGCGUCACAUCCCCUUGGCUCCAGGCUCGGACUGGAGAGAUCUGCCCAACAUUGAGGUUCGGCUGAAAGAUGGCACCAUGACCAAGAAGCUGCGUUACACACACUCGGAUAAAAAGAACGGACGCAGCAGCACCGGCGCUCUCAGGGGUGUUUGCACUUGUGCAGGAGGGAAGCCAUGCGACCCGGCCGACAGGCAGUUUAACACCCUGAUCCCCUGGUGUCUGCCCCACACUGGGAACCGCCACAAUCACUGGGCCGGACUCUACGGCAGGCUGGAGUGGGAUGGCUUCUUCAGCACAACUGUCACCAACCCUGAGCCCAUGGGCAAGCAGGGCCGUGUUCUGCAUCCUGAGCAGCACAGAGUGGUCAGUGUCAGAGAGUGUGCGCGUUCUCAGGGAUUCCCCGACACCUACCGCUUCUUUGGAAACAUCCUGGACAAACACAGACAAGUUGGAAAUGCAGUGCCUCCUCCACUCUCCAGGGCCAUCGGCCUCGAGCUUAAGAAGUGCGUCCUGGAGAGAAUGAAGGAAGAACAAGCAUCAGAGCCCAUCAAACAAGAGAAGAUGGAGGUCUCUGAUUAGUUCCCUCGCUCUUUCCCAGCGAGAAUCGGUUCCACAGAUCCUGACGCGACGUGUCAGGCGGUCAUUUCUUUUUAAUCAAGCUGGCUUUCAGCUGUGCGGCCACCAUGGACAUUCUGUGCAGUGCCAUUCCAUGUUUUGUUUUAACUGUGCUUUUUAAUCAUGUUGUUGAGAAAUGUUCACCUCGUGGGAUAAAUUGUAUGUAGUUUUUAUAUGUGUAAUAUUUCAAAUAAAGCUCUUAUGAAAUUGA